UGUUUUUAGCACACACACCCCUCCUCCUCUCCUCUCCUCCUCCUCUCCUCUCUCCUCCUCCCUGCGCCCCAUUAUCUCUGCUGCUGCCUCCCUUUUCCGUUCGCUCUCCAUCCACACACUCUUAGUAUCCACUGACUCAUGCCCAGCGUGUCCCCGCAGCUUCCCCGGGAUUUAAUGACACGGACGGCCUGAGAACACGAGGCUGAUUGGAAUCUGAUCGGCGCCUGCACUGUGUGCGUGCGCGUGUGUUGCAUCAUUGUUCUCCUCCUCUUCCUCCUCCUCUUUCUCUUCUCCCUCACAUACACACUUACCAUGCAGGAGGUGUAACCCUCCGUCCUCUUCUUUCUUGUGAGCCACUGGAGGAACACCCCCAACAAAAAACAGAAGAAGAAAACGCUGCACGUGUAAGCACCAGUUGAGAUGUCAGACCCGGACGCCUCCUCGCCGCCGGACCCUCCGCUGCCACUGCCGUCCCCACGGACACCACUGCAGCUCUCCUUCCCCUUCCUGAGGGAGGGCAGCCGGGUCUGGGAGAGGGAGAGGAAGCCGCCGCAGCCCGGAGAGCCACCGAGCCCACUGCCCACCAAACGCACCCGCACUUACUCGGCGACAGUACGAGCAAAAUCAAGUCCAGUGUUCAAAGGGGUGUGUAAAAACUUCUCCAGGUCUCAGGGUCAUGGAUUCAUCCGUCCUUCUCAUGGAGGAGAGGACGUCUUUGUCCACAUCUCCGACAUCGAUGGAGAGUACGUGCCUAUGGAGGGCGACGAGGUCACGUACAAGGUGUGCCCCGUCCCCCCCAAGAACCAGAAGGUCCAGGCCGUGGAUGUGGUGAUCACUCACCUGAAAGCGGGCACCAAACACGAGACCUGGUCCGGUCAGAUCAUCAGCUCGUAGCUUCAGAGCUGCUGCGCCCGUGGGAAACCUGUCUGGAAAAGGACUUGGUCUGAGGACUGGAGAUUUGUAUCAGCCUGAGUUGGCGGAGGUUUGAGUAUGAAGGUGAAAGGUUAGGACUAAGCUGUGAAUGUACACGUUUGAAUGUUUCUAGUUUUGUUAUUUGGGUUAAAACAGUUGGGGGUUGGUAAGUUGCAGCUUUGACGGAGGGAAUAUUGGGUGUGAGAGAAGUUAGAGAAGUCGUUGAUGAGCUAAAAAUGAGAGGGGAGGUAGAUUUGAGGCCAAAAUACACUCAGAGCAAAUUUGAAAACAAUUCAGCCAUAUUGACUCUCCUUGUGCGUACUUUUAUAGGCGACCAGUGCAGGAGAGUUUUGAAUUUUACUCCCACUUUUCAUUUAUUUAUGAAGUGGUAACCAGUCGUGAAAAACUACUGUUUUCAAACCCUGAGGUUUGCCAUUCUGCUGUCAAUCACACUGGUGUCCACUCGCAUGUGCAGUGAUUUAUUGUCUUUUUUUUCCCUGUAAUUGACAAAACUGACAUUGUGCGCUUUUAAAGAAAAGACCUGAUUGAGACGAUGAACUCCUCAGGAAAAACGUUUACCGACGCUGUAAAUAACGUGAGAAGCAGGCUCAUUUCUUCAAGUUCUUGCAAACAGUGGAGUCCCCCUAGUGGCUGUUCGGUAUAUUCUUAUUUUAUAUACUGUCUACGAUUUGUUUUACCGUUUUAUUGCGUGCCACCACUGCCAAAAGCCCCCAAAAAGUUAGGUGUUUGAUAGUUUUCACCUCUGGAACAAGGAAUAAAGGGAACACUUUUAUAAUUGCCUUCAUCUCACUGCCUCCAUUAGUGUAAGUCUGACACACUGUUGUUUAUCAGUUUAAGAGCUGUGAUAAAGAAUCCCUCUCCUUCUUUAUAUUGUAGCACUGUAUUUUCUCUCUAUCGGUGAAAUCCAGUCUUAUUGUAGCUGCCUCCAGCUGUGACGGUCAUGUGAUCCAGACAGUUGUAGUGGUCGGAAGAAAAUGUUCAUCUAUAUAUUUACUUGAAUUAAAACUUGUAAGGGUUGUUUAAGGAGGAAGAUCAAAUAUCUGCAGUAUUUGCCACGGAUUAAAUGAAUAACGUAAAAGUGAAAUCAGGAAAGAAGAGGUGGGUGAAGGCUGAAGGUUCAGUAACGAUGACGUUAAGAAGAUUAAAACGACAGCAAAAGAUUAUUUAUUUAUUGACUUAUUUAUUUUCAUUUGUAGCUGUGAUGGCGUCAGGUGCUCGAUGAUUCAAAGCAGGGUUUAUAAGAGAUUUUUGUGCAAAUGUAAACCUGUUUGCAUUCCUCGCUGUAAUUAUACAAAAAAAAAAAACCUGUCACAUCUUGCAACUGUCAAAAUCCUAACACCAAUCCCUAAUUUCUACAUAAUCCUCGUCUAAUUUUAUUUUGAAAAUAACAAGCAGCUUUGUUGUUUUUGGAGCUGGGCAUGUUCUGUUCUGUUCUGUUCUGUUCUGUUCUGUUCAUUUCUAACUCUUAACUCUUUCGUCAUGCAGUAAAUGUCAAAGAGUUGUCGUCAGGUCUCUUAUGCAUUUUUAAUUUCUCACCGCAGGACGACAGAAACACGCCCGAUUGUCAAAUCUCUGUGAGCGUCGUGAGACAUGAAAACUAAGUUUAAAUAAAACUUACUACUGUAUUCACAGA